AUGUGCAAGACAACUCCACUUCCACCCAAUGGUGCGGCCAUUGCAAGCAAACCACUGCCAGCACCGUCAAUGGCAGCCCGAUAUGGAUGUGCGGCAAUGAUGGUCGCAACGUUUGCUGCCUGGGGCAAUGUUGUCUUUGUGGAUGAAGCUACGGCUCCUGGACUUGGAUCACCACUGCACAGCUACAAGGUUCCUUUGGUGUUGACGGUCGGAUACCUCAUCAGUCUUCCGCUACUUCGAAGUUUCACAAACAAUUAUUUAUCCAAACAAGUCGACAUUAAGCUACUUUUGAAGGAGACCAUGAUCAUUUACAAUGGAGGACAAGUCUUGCUCAACGGAUGGAUGGUUUGGAAGAUCAUUGAUGCUGUCUUGUACCACGAUCACCCAUUCUUUGGAGAUGUUCAUACCGUCACAGGGGCAUCCUUUGCCGUUUGGGUUCACUACAUGGACAAAUACCUCGAGUUUUUCGACACCUUUUUCAUGGUUCUCAGAGGGCGAAUGGAUCAGGUUUCUUUCUUGCAUUUGUAUCAUCAUGUUACCAUUGCUUGGGCAUGGUGGUAUGCCAUGGCAUCUUGGCCGGGGGGCGAUAGUUACUUUGGAGCCCUUUUGAACUCCUUCAUUCAUGUUAUGAUGUAUUCGUACUACACAUUGAGUCUGCUGAAGGUCAGCUGCCCAUGGAAACGACACCUCACAAAGUGUCAGCUCAUUCAAUUUACUACCGUUUUGUUCUACACUGUCAGCAUGUCCAUCUAUCACAUUCGAAACUCGGAAUUGGAGACAAAACAUUACUGGUGCAUGGGAAUCCAGUCUUUUGAGAUGACUAGUUUGUUCUUCCUUUUCAUGGCGUUUUACUCCAAGGCAUACAAAAACAAAAAAGCCAAAGGCGAGAAGCAAAGAUAG